CCAGUCAAGUUCGGUUAAAAAAUUGAUAAACAAAAAAUGAUAACAGAUGUUGUUUUUCUCUCUGAAAAAUUCUCAAAUUUUAAUUCGAAAACUGUCUUUUUCUCUGUAAUUUGAAAGCUUUUUAGUGGUCAUGCAAAAUUUCAAUGGCUCUUCAAGACAUAUUGUUUGAAUUCCUUCAUCAUGAAAUAGUCGCUUAUUUCAAUGAAAAAGAAGAUAAAGAGAAAGAAGAUGUUUCUGAUUUAGAGUAUAUCGGUUACUCAUGCGGUCAUCGUAUUGUCGAGAGAUUAACCAAAGACUGGCCUCGCUUCAAAGAAGAGCUCGACAUGCUCAAAUUUCUCUGCACUGAUUUCUGGUCUUCUAUUUAUAAGAGGCAAGUUGAUAAUUUGCGAACUAAUCAUCAAGGUGUUUACGUUUUGCUGGACAACGACUUUAGAUUUUUUAGUCGAAUUUCCUCUGGAAAUCAGUAUUUGGAAUAUGCUCCUUUGUAUGUGACAUUCACUUGUGGAUUGGUAAGAGGAGCGUUAGCAAAUUUAGGCCUUAACUGCGUCGUAUCAGCGGAAGUUCAUUCUUUACCUGCUUGUAAAUUCAACAUCCGGGUUCAAAAGUCUUGAAGUAUUUUUCCAUUUUGUUAUACAUGUAUAUUCUCAUUCGUUGUUAACAUAUUGUUUUUAUGUUAUAAUAUUUUCGUUUUAUAAAAUAUAAGGAAGUACAUUCA